AUGGACAAGAAGAUGCCCAUUGGAACAUCAGAUGGAGGCACAGAUCAGUACCUCCAUCUGUUUGGUUAUGCUUUAGGUGAUGUUGCUUCCAUCCAUCCGGAAUGCAAGAUAUUUCAACAGGUUAUGAAAGAUGAGGCUCGAUGCUUGGAUAAAAAUGACACCCUCUUCCCGGAUUUUCAAGGCUGUGCAGGAAUUUGGGAUGGACUGAGCUGCUGGCCCAAAGCCACAUUUGGAGAGGUUGUAACGCUCCCCUGUCCGGGAUUUUUUGAAGAAAUCACCAAGAUCCAUGGGUUCCUGCACCGAAAUUGUACCCCAGGUGUUUUCUGGUCAGAGCCAUUUCCACCAUAUUCAGUUGCCUGUGGGUUUGAAGAGGGUUUAACAAAAGGACCAGAAGAUCAGAAAGCAUACUAUCUGGCAUUUCGGCACAUCUACACUGCCGGCUACGCAAUAUCUCUGGCAUCGCUCAUUACAGCUCUCCUCAUUUUUGCCUUCUUCAGAAAGUUCCACUGUACGCGGAAUUACAUCCACAUGCAUUUGUUCCUCUCAUUCAUCCUGCGAGCGGCUGCUGUUUUCACCAAAGAUGCCGUCUUGUUCUCAGAUGACAGCAUGGACCACUGCCUAAUGUCAACAGUGCGAUGCAAGGCUGCGGUGACCUUCUUCCAGUUUAGCAUCUUAGCCAACUUCUUCUGGCUGCUGGUGGAAGGCAUGUAUCUGCAGACGCUGCUGGUGCUGGCCCUUGUACCGGACAAACAGUACGCUUGGAGGUUCAUUCUGGUCGGCUGGGGAGCACCAGUGACUGUAACACUGACAUGGAUGCUGACCAGGCUGUACAGGCAGAAUACUGGAUGCUGGGAUGACGAUGAGGAGAACUCUGCAGCCCUGUGGAUCAUCAAGGGACCCAUCCUGGCCACUGUCCUAAUGAACUUCAGUAUUCUUCUAAAUGUCAUCCGGAUUUUGGUGCAGAAGUUGCAGUCUUCUGAUACGGGAGGGAGGCACGCAAGGAACCUUGUGAGACUGGCUAAGUCCACGUCCCUCCUCAUCCCGCUCUUUGGGGCUCACUACGUGGUCUUCGCCUUGUUCCCAGAAAGCAUUGGCGUGGUGGCCCGACUGUACAUUGAGCUGGGCUUGGGAUCGUUCCAGGGCUUUGUUGUUGCUCUCCUCUACUGUUUCUUAAAUGGAGAGGUUCAGGCUGAGUUCAAGAAACGUUUGCACAGGUGGCGCCACCAGCGUUACCUGAGCUUUGCGCGGAAGCAUCAGGCGCUCUCCAGAGAGAACAGCCCCGUAACUCACGUCACACAACUAUCCCUGCUGGACAGAAUCAGCCCCAAGAGGAGCAUCUGUCGGAACAGCCUGUCCACUGUCUGA